CCGACUAUCACCACAUUCCAUCACAAACACCACUUCUCAAUAACUCACAGUCCACAAGUAAAGCAAUUGAUGUGACUCAGUAUCCUUCCCUCACAGACCCUCAUCAUGCCAGCCCUCAACGAGGUCCGCCAAUCCAACGCGACCCUCUCCACCAGCCGGCCCGAGCUGAUCGCCGUCUUCGUCGGCGGCACCAGCGGCAUCGGCGAAGCAACCGCCAAGCAACUGGCCCAAUCCGUGAAGCAGCCCACCAUCCACGUCGUGGGACGCAGCGCAGCUUCAGGCUCGCGCGUUCUGGAGGAGCUCCGCGCCGCCAACCCGGACGGCAAGUUCCACUUCAUCCAGGCCGACCUCUCCCUGCUGCGGAAUGUCGACACCGCCUGCGAGCAGAUCAAGGAGAAGGAGAAAUCCAUCGACCUGCUCUUCCUCUCCACAGGCCAUCUGGCCAUGUCCAAGAAUGAAACCGAUGAAGGCCUAGACGAUAACCACGUCCUGCGCUACUACGGCCGCAUGCGCUUCAUCCAGAACCUCCUGCCUUUGCUGGAGAACUCUCCCGGCGCGCCGCGAGUCGUGUCCGUGCUCGCCGCCGGGCAAGAGGGCCACGUGGACGAGCACAACCUCGACCUGCGGCAAUCGUGGUCCUUCCGCAAGGCGGCCACCUACGCGGCGACGCUCAACUCGCUGGCCCUGGAGCACCUGGCCGCCACGCACCCGACCGUCGGCUUCGCGCACGUCUUCCCGGGGAUCGUGCGCACCCCGCUCAUGAAGUCCACCUUCGGGACCUGGGCCGGCGCCGUGAUGAGCGUGCUCUCGCGGCCGCUGUCCAUGACGCCCGAGGAGAGCGGCCAGCGCAACCUGUUCAUCGCCACCUCGGCGGCGUACCCGGCCGCGAAGCCCAGGGAUGCGUCGUAUGUGGGCACGCCGUUGGCGGAGGGGCUGCGCGCGGCGGUCGCGUCGACGGGGCAUGUCGGUGGCGGGUCGUAUAUCUUGAACUACGAUGGGAAAAAUGCGACGAAGGAGAAGCUGAUGGCCGAAUAUCGCGAGCGCGGGUUCGCGGGGAAAGUGUGGGAGCACACGUUGGAGACUUUUCGGCGGGCUUUGCAGAAGGAUUGAGCGGGUUGACUCUGUUUUAAGUAGUGAAUAAGUACGGAGUAGGUUAUUCAUUAACAAGU